CCUGGACAGUCACCUGGGUCAGGAAGCACCGCUACCCAUUCGUAGGUAGUACGACAGGUGCGGCACUGCAUUCUCAACCAUUAUCGUACCAUCGCGUUUCAAAAAUCGCAAUUUAUGUGACAAUGUGUGAAAAAUUUGUAUUUAGUGCCAAAAAAAGUGCUCAUAAGUGACCCAAUAAUAUAUGGAUACGUCGUUGCUGACCCAUCGUCCGACCAUCAAAGAUGACGACCCAACGCCUGAUUUUUGCACUCCUGGCUUGUUGCAGCGUUCGGAUGGUACUUGCAGGGUUGUGUGAAGUGGACUCGGGUCAAUCGAACAUAAUCCUGGACAUUGAAGAAAGUCGCGGAAAAUCAAUUAGCCAAGAGACCGUUCCUGCAGAGUUACCAAUUGUUGGCGAGCCAAAUGUCGAUAUUUUCCUCGAUUUGGCGUUUCCCAAAGGGCCUGCGCUUUUUUUUCUCAAUGGGAAAAAGCUGCAAUUGUUGGCGCCGUUAGAUCGAGACGAAAACAGUCUCUCGCAUAUUGUUUUUCAGUUAAUUUGCACAAUUAAAUCGACUCACAAGAAACGAACUGUACCAGUAAUUGUAAGACUGAGUGAUAUUAACGAUAAUGCACCAGAAUUCGUCAACACGCCGUACGAGACGAGUAUAUCGGAGCUCACACCUGUGGGUACCACAAUCUUCCAAGACAUUUUAGCCAAAGAUAAAGACGCCGGCGUCAAUGGUUUAGUCGAGUAUUCGAUCGUAAAAGGCGAGAAUUUAGCGCACGAGGACGACGAUCGAAUCCACAGCGAAGAUGGCUUCGGGUACUUUGCCAUCAAUUUACCACAUCAGGGUCAAGUUACGGUUAAUAGAACUCUAGACUUUGAGAAGACGCAGAGAUAUUACGUCACCGUCGUGGCGACGGACCGGGCGCACGAUGACACACAACGACUUUCGUCAACAACGACACUCGUAGUCAAUAUUAAAGAUGACGAUGAUCAGAACCCUUCUUUCAUAUACAAAGGGUGCAUGCUUUUGGAUGGUACCUGCAUCAAUCCUGAAUAUUCAGCUUCGGUUUCAAGUGGGGUUCUUCACGGAAUACUUAAUAUUUCACCCGAAAAAAUCCAAGCGGUGGACAUGGAUACGAUCAAUUCGCCCAUUCACUACUCGUUUGUGAGUGGUACUCCUGAAUCGUACUCUGAGUACUUUCAAAUUGAUUCGGAAACGGGUGCCGUGAGGCAAAUCAAAGCCGUGGACACUUCAACCACCAAACAAUUCAACAUCAUAAUCAAGGCACAAGAAAUAUCCGAAGCAAAACGUUCAACAACAGCGAAACUUUUCAUUACUGUUAAACCAGUCGAUGCAAAUCCUCCUGAAAUAGAAUUGUCAUCAACCGAAGGCUAUGUCAACGAAAAUUCCCCAAUUGGGGAAAAAGUACUCGACUCUGAAGGGGUACCACUUCUCAUAUCAGUGACUGAUAAGGAUUUUGGCCCAAAUGACCCCAAACCCUCUUACACGUUCGAACUAACGACCCCUUUUUUCACAAUUGAUAAAAUGGGGUACUUGCUAGUCAACGAAAACAAUUUAGACCGUGAUCCUCCAAACCCUGGCCGUUUUAAAUUCCAGAUUGUUGCACGUGAAAAAGGUGGUACCGCUGCAAGUGCCCCCAUGUCUGUGACCGUUCACUUGAACGAUGUCAAUGAUAACGCCCCCAUGUUGCCUAUUAUAGCCCCAGUGGGGGUUCCCGCCGGGGAUGUGAAACGCCAAGUCGCCACAAUCAAAGCUACAGAUAAUGAUGAAGGCGAUAACGCAUUAGUUACAUACUCAAUUUAUCACGUCUCGAAUAAUGGAAAUAACAAGUUCCGGAUUGACCCCAAUACGGGGGUACUUGAGACGGUGGGGAAAUUAAAUGCAGGGGAUCAGUACAGUUUGACUGUUCAAGCCACUGAUAAAGGAGGGCUUUAUUCACAAGCCAUCGUUGAAGUGACCAUAAGUCCAGGACCUAAUACACAAAGUCCCAUUUUUGAACAGUCGGUUUACGAAAUUGAGGUCAGCGAAGGGGCUACGAUUAACUCGACUGUGGCCACAAUUACGGCCAUGGACCCCGAAAACGACCCUGUGACCUACUCCAUAGUCUCAGGAAACGAUCUGAGACAAUUUUCAAUUGGUGCCAAAUCAGGUGUGAUCACAGUUAUCCGAAAAUUGGAUCGUGAGGACUUGACUAGAUACAAACUUAUUAUUAAGGCUGAAGAUGCGGGUAAAUUAUCAUCAACAGCUACUGUUAAUAUCAAGGUGACUGAUAUAAAUGACAAGAAUCCCGAAUUUGUGGGCGAUCCGUACAAUUUUUCGGUGAAAGAAGGGCUAAAUAGUACCUCGGUAGGGUUUGUAAAGGCUACGGAUGCCGAUGAGGGUAUUAAUGCCCUUGUUACGUACUCUAUUCCCUCUGGUUUGCCCUUUGAUAUUGAUAACGAGACCGGCGAGAUAAGGACUAACCGAGCCCUGGAUUACGAAACACAAAAGAACUACCAGUUUGUGGUGACGGCCAAAGAUGGCGCCCCUGACCCACGUCUAGCCACCGCCACUGUCUCCAUCUCCGUCAUAGACAUUGAAGACGAACUUCCAAUUUUCACAAAAUCGUUAUACACAGCGUCAGUACCCGAAAACAUUCCCGAUUAUUUCAUCACCGACGUUAAGGCUGAAGACCCCGACACUAUAAAAAAAAUCACCUAUGUCAUCCAUCAAGGUCCAACUGACCUUUUCCGUAUUGACGAAAACAGUGGUGCUGUUUAUACAAUACGUGGUUUGGACUACGAGAAAGACAGUCAACAUGUCCUUACCAUUGGUACUCUCGAAAAUAUGUCGAAUGAGGAAGGUAGUACCACCAAAGUGAUUAUCAAUGUCGAGGACAGGAAUGAUAUACCGCCGGUUUUUACCAUCAUACCGCACCCAAUCACUCUUGAUGAUGACGUGGCGAUUGGUACUCCUGUCACUAAUUUAGUGGCGACGGACUCCGAUGGUACCGCACCCGGGAAUAAGGUUCGGUACGAGAUUAUAGGACGUGGCAAGGCCACCAAGUACUUCCAAAUUGACUCUGAUACAGGAAUUUUAAAAGUAACCAACGAUCUCAAGAAAGAAAUUGAUACGGAAUAUCAGGUGGACGUCCGUGCCUAUGAUUUAGGGGAACCACAAUUAUCAUCAGUUAUCACUUUGGAUAUUUACAUCCAACAUGUGGCAACGGUCGCUCCUGAAGUUGGUUUGAAAUUUGCCGAUACGUCGUACCAUGUGCAAGUACCCGAAAAUGCGACAAGUGGUACCAAAGUUAAAACACUGACCAUUGUUAAUAGUCGCACCCAUGGUGGCAAUAUCCCACUCAAGUGUCUCAUUAUUUCGGGAAAUGAGCAAAGGAAAUUCAUUGUCAAUGUGACCGAAGACAGGAAUUGCGCCCUUUAUUUGAAUGGUACCAUCGAUUUUGAAACAGACGAGUCGUACCAACUUGAAGUCCAAAUCAUGUCACUCCAAGGGUUCAUUAAUAAGGAGUUCAGUAUCACUCUAGUGACCAUUAAUGUGGUCGAUGUUAAUGACAAUGUCCCUUAUUUCAUUUUCCCCUCUGGUGGUACCCACAAGUACCACGCCGCUAUCACUGACAAUUCUCCUCUUUCGACAACAGUAACGCAAAUCAAGGCUGACGAUAAAGACAGUGGAAAGUACGGAAAGUUGGAGUUUUCGCUCGACAAAACCGAGUACUUCACUAUAGAUUCAAGUACCGGCAUUGUCAAGACCAGGAAGACUUUUGACGAUGUUGAUAAUAGUGAAUUACCAUUUAAAUUGAUUGUCAAAACACGUGAUAACCCGAACGCCACUGAAUACAACGAAAUCAAAGCACCCUUUAUUGUUAAUUUGAUAACAAAAGACAAUCGCUUGGUACUAGUGAUCGGAGACGCUAAACCUGACAUAGUCCAGAAAAAACUACCCUUGAUUAUCGACAUAAUGCAAGAACAGACGGGUUUAAUAGUUGGGGUGGAAAAACUGGCCACGAGAGAGUUUAUUGGUACCAAUGGUACUCUCGAGACUGAUCCUUCAGGUACCGACGUUUGGUUCUAUGUCAUUGAUCCAACUACCGAAAAAAUUCUCCCACGGAAUAGUACUCUAGUCAAACGCGCGAUUUUCGACAAACAAGCCAUGGAUAACAUAACGUUUGAUAUAACAGGCCAGAUCCAGAACACUGCCUUCCACAUACACGAACCUUUGGUACUACAAAAAAUUAAAAGUGCCUCCAUAGCUUCCUUCAACGGUGAGGUGUUUCCGUACGCUUUGAUCAUCAUCGCGUGCAUUAUUUUCGUCCUUGGAAUCGUUGGGAUUAUUUAUAUUUGCGUGUCUUGGUCGAGGUACAAGUCCUACAAAGACCAAAUGCAAAGACAGUAUGUAGUACCAGCAAGUCCCACAAGGUACGACACUGUUUAUGUUGAGCCGAACUUGAAAGAGUACGAAACACAAGUGUUACAAAUGUGCGUUCCUGUGGACGAACAAGACGACUACAACGACCUGCACCUCGAUUUUAGUAACAAGAACCACGCCUUCAGUCUUGACAAUGUAAGUUAUAUCAGUAAGGACAAUAAUUUGAAGAAGUACGGGGGGCAAAGUCCGGUCAGUAGCGAGUCUGCGACCACUGUGAGGGCGUCCAGUGUGGGAGAAGGGCACGUGUUGAAGUAUAGGUCGGACGAUGACGAAAUGAACGCCAGUCCGAGUAAUGACAAUGUGAUGUUUAAAGAGAAGAAGGACUACUCGCAUUUGGGGUUCUCGUACGACCAUUCGCCGGUUGAGACGACCACCGAGUUGUAGAUAAAUGUAAAUGGAAUAACUGAUUAAUUUAAUGUAAUUAUGAGGUUCUAGGAAUGUAAUCUGAUUGUAAUUUUAUAUUUUAAUAAAUGUUUUUUAUUUAA